AUGACCAACUUUAAUCAUUUGUCCAAAAUUCUUAAUGAUAAUCGUUUGACUGGAUCAAACUAUAUGGAUUGGAAGAGAAAUUUAACAAUUGUCCUCAUUGCUGAAAAACUAAACCAUGUCCUAACCACUGAUCCACCUGCGUUUCCUGAGGCAGAUGCCACUAAUGAACAACGUGAGGCCGCUUGGAAGUGGCAUGAGGCAGAUGAUGUUGCAAAAUGCUACAUAUUGGCCUCAAUGACCAAUGUGUUGCAAAAGCAGCAUGAGGGUGUUCCUACCGCAAAAGACAUGAUGGUUAAUUUGAAAGAAAUGUUUGGAGAACAUAGUAGAAUUGCACGCCAAAUUGCCACGAAAGAUAUUGAUGAUGAAACUAAAAUUGAAGCGAUACUUUCAUAUUUACUAGAUUCUUAUAAUUAG